AACAAAACCGGGAGUGUGAUGGUACUGCAGAGUUAAGAGUGCAGGAGGACUAGGGAGCAGUCAGUGAGGUCGGCGGAUGAGGAAUCGCCGAAGUACGGUAGAGAUUGCAGGCGGCUGUGGAGCUGGCUUUUCAGUGCGGGGUUUUGUGCGGUCGGAUCAUGCCUCGAUCAUCUAUUGUAGACGUGAAGGUGCAGGACGUGCAGAAAAGACGGAUCCCGAAUAAACAUUAUGUUUACAUUAUUCAAGUCACAUGGUCCAAUGGUUCCACAGAGGUUAUCUACAGGCGCUACAGCAGAUUCUUCAAUCUUCAGAUGCAGCUGUUGGAUACCUUCCCAGUGGAAGGAGGCCAGAAGGACCCGAAGCAGCGCUAUAUUCCUUUCCUGCCAGGUAAAAUUCUCUUCAGACGAAGUCACAUCAGGGAUGUAGCCGUCAAGAGGCUGAAACCAAUUGAUGAAUACUGCAGGGCUCUCAUCCGACUACCAGCUCAUAUCUCACAGUGUGACGAAGUUCUCCAAUUCUUUGAAACAAGACCAGAGGACUUAAACCCACCUAAAGAGGAACCAAUUGGAAAGAAGAAAUCUGGGCUUGCAAUAAUCCAGAGAACGGCUUCGUUUCUAAAGAGAGGUGGAGAUGGGACAUCUGCUGACCAGUUUUUCCUGGAUCAGUAUGUGGCAGUAACCAAUUAUGACAAACAGGAAAGUACAGAGAUCAGCUUACAUCAAGGACAAGUAGUAGAAGUUAUUGAGAAAAAUGAAUCUGGCUGGUGGUUUGUGAGCACAGCUGAUGAGCAGGGUUGGGUCCCUGCCACGUGCCUGGAGGCUCAGGAUGAAGCUCAAGAUGACCUUUCAAUUGUUAGUGCCAAGCCAGGGGAAGAGGAGAAUUUUGUUGUCAUUUAUCCCUACUCAGCAAGAGAUAGUGAUGAGAUUGACUUGGAGAGAGGUGCUGUGGUGGAGGUUAUACAGAAAAACCUGGAAGGCUGGUGGAAAAUCAGAUAUAAAAAUCAGGAGGGCUGGGCCCCUGCCUCAUACCUGAAAAAAGCUACCAGUGAUAUCUCAGGUCAGAAAAUUACUUCAGGGCAAUCUAUCCAUUCAAGUGCGAUGGACCUUGAUGGGAUUGGAAAACAGCCAGCCUCUGUGAAAGAGAUCAGAGAAAAGGGAUUGUUGUUUGACCAAAAAGAUGAAAGAAAUGAGAUCCGCGGGGCAGCAGGUGCUGAUGUGAAAGGCAAGUUACCAAAUGCAAGACAAAGGCCCCCCCCACGAAGAGAUCUUACUGUGCCACGUGGAUUGAACCUCCCCAAACCACCAACUCCUCCUGAAGUAGAAGAAGAGUUUUACACGAUAGCUGCUUUCCAGACAACCAUUCCUGAUGGCAUCAGUUUUCAGGCAGGGCAAAAGGUUGAGGUAAUAGAAAAGAAUUUAAGUGGUUGGUGGUACAUUCAGAUAGAUGAUGAGGAAGGAUGGGCUCCAGCCUCUUUCAUUGACAAGUACAAAAAAUCAAGUAAUGCUUCAAGGCCAAAUUUCCUUCCGCCAUUAGCACAAGAAUUGGCAAAACUUAAACUGGAUGGAACUACUGGAAGUAGUAGUAAUGGAGAUAGUGCCUUUAUUGCUAGACCUCUUCCCAAAGAACCGGAACCAAAUGAUGCUGACAAUGACGCCAUAGUUCAACACAAACUAAAAGAGCGGCGAGGAAGGGAUACAAGUAAGAGCCCAUCUUCUGACAAUAAAUUCAAUUCUCAGAUAAAUGUAGAAUCUCAAUCCAAGUCAUGUUCUCCUUCAAAUGUUAUCAAUAAUGACACUUCCAGAUUUAAUAAAGAGAAGCCUGUUCUUCCAUUCAAGAAAGAACAGAUUAACAAUAAGUUUGAGGGGGAAGUGGUAGAUAAGCAUUCAAAAGGACUUCCACCCAAGCCAAGUGUACCAGGAGGCAUUUUACCCCUGCUGCCACCAAAAAUGUCAUCUAAAGGAGACAAGAAAGUGACUGCUGAAGCAAGUAAACUUUCACAUUCGAAAGGACUUGAAUCUGGGCCCAAGAUGUUAGCAGGUGAAAUUGCAAGGUCUAAUCUAAAGCCUGUAGGGAGACAAGCAAAGUCAAAGCCUGAUACAGAAGAAAAGUCAGUGGACUCUUCCCCAAAUCAGCCACUAAAACCAAGACCUCUUUUGAGGCCUAAGCCACUUCCUGCCUUGAAAGGAGAAAGUCAAUCCGAAUCUGAAGUUGACAUCUCCAACCUAAGAAGUAAGUUGAGAAGAGCAAAGUUGCCAGACAAAAUGGUGGAGCAGGACUCCUCCCAAAAUGUUACUGGCAAUCAAAACUACUCAAAUAAUCAAACCUCUCUAGAUUUCUGUAGCAGCUCUCCUGGAAAUGUAGAAAACUUGCCUCAAUUGAAACAAGAUUUAGGAAUUAGCUCUAAGAUAAGUGAUGUGAAAGUUAUGCAGAGAGAACAAAAUGGUCUUGAAAGUGAACAGAAUGAUAGGGAUGAUCCGAAUAUCACUGAAGAGAAAGCAGCAAAGAGUUUAAAGCCAAGUGAGAAGAAAGGGGACGACCCUCAACCAAAAGGCCCAACUGCAGCAAACAAAGAAGGUCCUCCCCGACCAGUUGUGCCACCAAGAAGACCCCCACUGCCAAAGAAAACCUCCGUAGAAUCUGCAGACGUGAAAGGCCAUCCAAAAGAUACAGCUGAGAACAAACCCACGUGGGGACAAAAUAAACCUUUCAUUCCUCCACCAAGAUUUAAAUCAAGUUCAUCUCAUGAACAAAGCAAAGAUGAUAUUAAGGCAAGAGGAGCUUCGAAGGAGUCCCUCCCAACAAAAGGAUCUGUUCCAUCCAAAGUUCAUGAACACAGAAAAGAACCGAUCUUUCCUUCAAAGCUAACGGACAGACAGGCAGAACUAUUGGACACGGGAAAAGAGAAGAAUAAUGCUGCAUCAAUCAACAUAAACCUGUCCAAAGAUGAAGAAUCUUCAAAAGAAUGCCUUUAUGUAGCUCUUGCAGAUUUUGCGGGAGAUGAGGAAACCGCUGGAUUUAAGGAAGGAACUGUAUUUGAAGUAUUUGAAAAAAAUGCCAAUGGAUGGUGGUAUUGUAAAAUCCUGAAUAGUGAACCAACAUGGGAGGGCUGGGCCCCUUCUAAUUAUCUAAUCAAAAAAUAAGUAUCAUCGUAUAGUUUUUUUUUUACACUGCAAGAUGCUUUUUUCAUAAUUAAUAUUUAAUUAGCUCAUUAAUUUAUAGGUUUCCGCUUUCUAAAAGCAAUUUAAUACAUUCCUUGUGUAGCUUUAACCUAAGUUGGAACAACAUAAACUGCAUGGUCAGAAAGUAGAAGAUUUCAGUAAUUAUUGCAUAUUUUACACUUCUGUUUACUCAUUUAGUCCCUGAUGAUCUGCCAGUCAUCAACCAAGAUUAAACAAAUGUUCUUGUUGUUUUGAGCACAUGAUAGUGUUUAAGGUACUGAACCAGCAGCUGAGAUUCGAUCAUGGCACCCUGUAAAGACUGUUUUUAAAAAAAAAACAACCAGUUUAUUCACAUGUUGAAGUAGAGACAUAAUCCAACCUGACUUAAUCUGUCCUCCUUGACCAUAUUCCAUGGAUUAUUUAUAAUGCUUUCUGAGAUGGCCAUUCAAUUUUCCAUAAAGUUACUAUGGAGGAGUAAGAAAUUCAGCUAGCAUCACCCAAUAAGAAAAAAAAAACGAAAGCUCUCAGUCUGCGAUUCUUACUUAUCCAUAUAUCAAAAAUGAGUUUUUCUAAUUGACAAGAAAAUUAGAGCUUAUUGCUUUUUUGCCAGUUAAAGUUGCUGUUGAAUACAUAAACAAAUUAUUGGGAUUUGGAAAUUCCAACAGUGUAAUGGUUCAUACCAGUUGCAGGCAUCAUGUAAUGUAAAUCUGGUACGAGUAAAUACUGCCCACAAAACUCUGUUGUUCCUUCUUAAAGAAUUACUCUGCAUCAAUUGUUUAUAUUAUUUUUCUUUUAUAUUGUAGAAUUCUGCAUAAGUAGAUAACAUAGAAACCUUAAUAUACAGCUCUGUCAAAACGGACACAAUAGUUUAGUGGAUAUAAUGCACGUAAAGAUUAAGAAAAUCAGUUAUACACGCAAGUAGCAUAUGGAGUCUGCUGAUGAAUUUCCAUGCAAUGACAGAGCACAUAGAUUUCUAUAAUCAAUACAUAUUGUGAACCUAACUAUAUGCAGUUAUGUCAUUGGUAUACAUCAGAUACCUCUGAGACAAGAGACUUAUGAGAGUGGGUGGAUGAUCCUUAAGACCAGUUGGUGAUAUUCUUUAAUGAUAAAGAGAGUUUGUUAAUAGGAUAUAUUGAAACAAUUCACUAUUAACAAAGAAAAAGUGUACUGAGAACAAUGAUGAACAGAAUUUAAAUUGAGUAAUGCUCCUUUAUUCAUCCUUGUUCCUCAAAUUAUUUGUUUGGUUAAUCUCCCAUGAAUGUAAACUACAUGGGGUCUUUAAAAGAUGCUAACUAAAACAUAUUAGUUAUAAUGUAGUGUAGACUUCAUCAAACAUUUAUUAGGAAUGAUUGCUUUAAGAGGGCUUGACUGGUAUCAAGCAUAAACUUUGACGCAAGAGACUUGAAAUGUGAAACAUGCUUUUAAAAUUGUUAACGUAAUUUCUCUUAAUAAAAUUGAAAUGCAUUUGAAAGUAGCAAAAAGUAAAAUACCUCACGUUUGAACCAGGGAACAUUAAUAUUCUCCUGUCGUGCAACACCAAGUAAAAAAUGCUUAAACAAACGCAAUGUGAAAGUAAUUGCUUCAAUUUGGUUAUGAUAACAAAAAUAUUUUAAAAUUACAUAUACAAUAUUCAAGCAGCAUUUGAGAUUACACUGGUCCCACACCCAUUCCUUAGCUUUUCUCUUGCCUUAUAGUGGCAAUCAUCUGAAGCAUUCAAAAAGAUUGCCACCUAGCAUUGUAGAAUAAAUUUUGAUUUCAAAUGCUUCACCAACAGUUGUGACAAUAUUUUAUCUAUGCACUUCACAAGUACACUGGUUUGAUGCUGUCAACAUAACAGACAAUAUUGCCAAAUGCUACUGGAAUGGAAGCUUGACCAGGGAAAUUUCUAAAUCUGGUUUUGAGAGUUUGCAAAAGAUAAAGAAGACAAUAAUCAAAUAAUACAUUUUGAUAUCUAAAAACUGACAUUAAGUGCCAAAACAUUUGUGAGUAAUAAAUUUAUAUUAUAUUGCUAAAAUUCCAUCUUGCAUUGAGUACUUAACACAAUUUUCUGCAAUAUACUAAAGCAAAAGAAAAGCCCACUCCUUAUUCAUAUUCCAACUAAGAUUUGGCCUGUGAUAAAUUAAAUAAUGUGAGAUCUUGCAAAUUUCUCUCCAUAAUCUUUCAGGUCUUUUUUAAUUGCAUUGUGUAACUGGUUUUGGAGAAAAAAGAAUUGUUAAUAUUAUUUACCUUGACAAAAGGUAUUAGAUAAUUUCCCAAAAUUUUCUCUCACUCAAUACAAAUCUGAGCGACUAAUGAAAUUCAGCGUAGAAAGGUUUUGAUGUGGAAUUAAUGGUUAUUCUAUCAGAAUGUUCAGCCAAUUAAAGAGAAAAAAUAAAAUUGCAGUUUUACCGUUGCCGUACAACGUUAGUAUUUCAUAAUAUGCUUACAAAAUUUUGUUACAUUACCUGUCCUCAGUAAUAUACAUGACUACUCCUCUGCACAUAGGUUACUAAAGUCAAUCAUUAAUUUGAAUUGAGUAAUGCUUCUCUUUGAAUUCUUGUUACACAGAUGAUACUUAAAAGUGGAAGAAAUUCUUGAGUCAAAUGUUGUAAAUGAUAGGAGCUUGCUCCCAGCUUGAUCACUUAGUAGUUAGACAUAUAUAUUUACAGUUACCCUAUGUGCAGUGUUUCACUGUUGGAGGUUUAGGGCACUUCACGAUGAACAUACUUCCCAUUAGAUAUAGUAAGUCACUGAUGCAUUGCACAGUGCUAGAUAUAAGGGCUAACCAAAGGAAAGUGGGGAGAAAUGUGAAUAAGGAAGGAAUUAAAAUCUUUAGGCAGUGAUCUUGCAGAAUACUCCACAACUUCAAAUUAUUUUUCAAGCAGUUUAAAAUUAACAUUCUGCGAGGAUCAGAAUGAAUAGUUGAUAGUGUGAAGCCCAGAGGGUGUUUUCCAGUAUUUAAGAUACAAUGUAAAAGCAAAUUGAGAAGGCAGGAGUGAAAGUUGGUAAUGGUGUUGAGAGUGGUUAUGAAGUUUGAAUUUGGGCUCUGUCAGAGAUUCGCAUUACACCUAACCUAGAUCAUGCAUGAAGAACGUCAUGGCACAGAGCACACAGUGGUAAUCUUGCAUUUUGUAACACUGACACACUUCAUCCUGAUAAGUAUGUUUACACAAAUAAGAAAUAAUGAUAAAACAGGGUUUUAUGUUUUAACAUGAAUUACCUCUCAAAGUCCACUGAACAACAGUGACAUCCUGACCAUUGAGUAAAUAGCAAUGGAUUAUGCUGAUCUUUGAAGUUGACAGGAAAUAUCUUACAUGGGAAGUACAACAAUGUAAUUCCUGAUUUAAGUAUUAAGGGAAUUUGGCCUUGAUGUCACAUGUGGCCUAUGUUCAGUUGUCUGUAAUUUAGCCAUCAUUACUGUAGAAAACAUUACUAAUGAUAAACUGUCAAUUUGAAUUUUGGAGAAGCACUCUCUCA